AGAAAGACAGUUGUUGUUUUCUUUUCUUUUCUCUUUUUUCACCUUGCAUAACAACACGAAAUUUCAAAUGAUAACAUUAUUUAACCUUUAUAUUGGAUAUAAUAUCGGAUAGAUCAGGAUUGAAUCCUUUCUAUUAACAAGUUAACUGAUUUCUUAUAGAAUAGAAAAUUCUAUGUUGCAUACCUAAUAUAUUGGUAAAAUGGGGCAUCAAAUACAUAUGAGUCACACAAGGCAGUUGAUUUGUGUGUGGGCUACGAUACUUCCCGGGUGCCCAAAUCGAAGCAGGUGGUUUACUGAGGGGGCCACACUAUUAUGAUCCACAAGACAAUGGAGCACUGUUAGGAGAUGCAGUCCUAUGGUAGCUAAUGACAGAUACGCCAUUUGUUCCUUCAGGAACCUGGAGCCCAUUGAAUUUCUUGUGUUUUACUUCAUGAAUUUUAACUCCAAUCGUUGGUACUUUCAUUCAGUUAAUCUAUCCUCAUAAUGAAUAUGUCAGUCAAUAAAAAACAAAUCGCUAAUCUUAACACUGAUUAUCAACAUAUAGAAAAAUGUAUGGAGAAACGUUUAUGGAGUGUAUUCUUCGCGAUAUCACUUGGAUGCUUUUUUGGUGGAAUAUUCAUCAUACUUGCAUAUAGAAUAAUAAUAUGUAUUAUAAUGUAUUUGAAAAGUAAACAAUCAGUCAAUUUAACUGAUUCACAUACCAAUCUAUCUCAUCGUCAUAAACAUGAUGGAAAUGAAUUUCAAUUACUUCAAAAAGAUACUACACCAGUAACAACUGAUGGAAAUUGGAUUAGUUCAACGGGAGAUGAAAUGUAUAAAACAACAUAUCAUACUAAGAAAUGUUGUUCUCAUUGUUGGACAACUAUCCAAUUGAUUUUUACUCAAGGUCGUUUCUGGGCUAUUCGACUUGUCAGUUAUGAUUGGAUACCUGGUAGAAUAUUUAUUGCAUUAUCAAUGAUAUUUAGUUUAACAUCUUUUAGUAUCUAUGCAUAUGAAGCAACAAUAUGGCCAUCAGAAAUUGAAAAAUGUGGUCAUAAAGGUCGAAAAUUUCGUUUAUUAGAUUUUACAAUGAAUAUUUUCUUUUUAUUACAUUUUAUUGUUCGUUUAAUUGCAUCAAGUGAUGUAUUAUUAUUUUGGAUUGAAUGGUAUUCUAUAUUAGAUUAUUUAACUGUACCACCGACAUUAUUUGGUUUUUUUAUUCAACGUACAUGGAUUGGAUUUCGUUUUGUACGUAUUUUUCGUUUAUGUAAUUUAUCUGAAGUAUUAAAUAACUUGAAUAUAAUUAAAUCAUCAUCUAGUUUACGUAUGUGUCAAUUAUGUACAUUAUUCAUAUCAAUAUGGUUUGCUGGUGCUGGAUUUUUUAAUUUAUUUGAAAAUACUGGAAAUAUAUUUGGUUCUAAUACAUAUAAUGUUAAUCAAUCAUUACCAUAUACAAUUGCAUUAUAUUAUAUUAUAGUAACUAUGUCAACUGUUGGUUAUGGAGAUAUUGUACCACAAACAUAUUUAGGUAAAGCAUUUAUAUCAUUAUUUAUUUUAUUUGCAUUAGCUACAUUUGCAAGUGCUAUACCAGAAAUAGUUGAUAUGUUUUUUAAUGUUAGUAAAUAUUCUGGUAAUUAUCAAAAAUUAGAAGGUAAAUCACAUAUUAUUGUUUGUGGUGAUAUAACAACUAAUUCAGUGAGAACAUUUUUAAAUGAUUUUUUACAUGAAGAUAGAAGAAGAUCAGAUGUUGAAGUUGUAUUUAUUAAUCGAUCAAAACCGGAUUUACAAUUGGAAAAUUUAUUAAGAUUACAUUUUUUAAGAGUUAAAUAUUUUAGGGGUUCUGUCAUGGAUCAUACUGAUCUUCAACGUGUCAAAAUGGAUAGUGCUGAUGCAUGUUUAAUAUUAGCCUCUGCAACAACCAAAGAUCCAUAUCAAACUGAUGCAGCAAAUAUCAUGCGUGUUAUAGCUGUAAAAAAUUUUGCUAGUCAUGUCAGAAUUAUUGUUCAAUUACUUCAAACUGAAAAUAAGGCUUAUCUAUUAAAUAGUCCAUAUUGGAAUUGGGAAUGUGGUGAUGAGAUUAUCUGUUUUAGUGAAUUAAAAUUAGGCUUUUUAGCACAAAGUUGUAUAGCUCCAGGAUUUUCUACAUUAGUUACAAAUUUAUUUACAAUGCACUCUAUUCGUGGAUUAAAAGAAGCGGCAAAAUUUACCAAAGUUUAUAUUGAUCCAUAUCAUUCAAAAAAUAUUCAUCAAUCAUCUUUAUUAACUGAUAACUUCAAUUCAAAUCCAUUUUCCACAGUAGUAUCGCAUAAAUCCCGGACAUUAACAAAAUCAAUACAAGAAGGUUAUUGUUCUUCAACUUCUCUUACUUUUAAAAAAGAUACAAGAAAAAUGAAAUGGUUAACUAAUUUACCCAAUAUGAUUAAAUCAUUAUUAAAACCAAAGCGAAAUGAACAAUCAAGAAAGAUGGAUCUAAGACUUCAAUCAACACAAUAUUCAAUGCUUACUAGAUCUUCUACAAUAUUUGAUCCAGAAUCCUUAAAUAAUGAUCCUUAUCAAUCAUCAUCAUUAUUAGAUUCAAAUAUAUGGGUUUAUAAUUAUUUACAUGGUGCUAGUAUGGAAAUUUAUUCAGCUGAAUUUUCUAUAGCAUUUAAUGGUUUACAAUUUACUGAAGCUGCUAUUAUAUGUCGAAAAUAUUUAGAUUUAUUAUUAAUUGCUGUUGUAGCUAAAGUUCAUAAAAAUACUGAAUUUUAUUUAAAUUCAUCUAGUAACAAUCAUAAUUCACAUGAUGAUAAUAACUAUGAGGAUGACGAUGAUGAUGAUGGCGAUGAUGGCGAUGAUGACGAUGAUGAUGGUGAUGGUGAUGAUGAUGCCAAUAAGAUUAAAUACUACUUAGCUAUCUCACCAACUCUAGAUAAAAAUGUUACCAUUCAUCAAGGAACUGUUGGCUUUUUCAUAUGUGAUUCACAAGAAAAUGCAAAUAAAGUUACAUAUUAUUGUAUAAAUUGUCAUACUAAUAAUUCAUCAACAACCAAUGUUAAAUCUUGCUCAUGCCAAUUGAAAGUACACAAGUCUAGUUCACAUUUGAAACCAACUGAAUGUUGUAAAUCUAAAAAGGAUUCUAAACAUAAUCAACAAAUAACAACUAAGGAUAUAAAAACAUGCUUAAUCAUACCAGAAUUUAAAGAAGAAUCAGAGAAGACAUCGAAUCCAUCAUCAGCAUUACAUCAGAAUGAUGAUGAUAUGGCUAUCAUUUCUGAUAAAGGUUUUAAUGAAUCUAAUUCAAAAUGUAAAACAUUAUCAAGUAGAAAUAGUCUUCAUUCAGCUUAUGAUACAGAAGAAUAUUAUUCAGAUAUUCAUGGAAAUCAACUUAGAAGAUCAAGUGAUACAGAGCUUCAUUUAAAAAAUCAUACAUAUAAUCCUACUUAUGAAUUUGAUAUUACAGGUAUGUAUUACUAUUGUGGCCGUCAAGAAUUUGAAGAUAAUCUAAUUACCCCAAACUCAUCUCAUAAGCAAUCACAUGAUUUAUAUAAUCAUAUUCUAGUAUGUAUUCUAGCUGAACCAGAUGCUCCACUGCUAGGACUUCAUUCAUUUGUUAUGCCAUUAAGAGCAAGCAAUUUUCAUCCUAAUCAACUAAAAACUAUACUGUUUCUAGGUGAUAUAAAAUUUCUACAAAGAGAAUGGUCAAAUAUAGCUAAUUUCCCAAAAGUUUAUACACUUGCCGGUAGUCCAUUAUCUAGAGCUGAUCUAAGAGCUGCACGUAUACAAUAUUCAUCAGUUUGUGUUAUAUUAGGAUCAAGAGGUACAGUUAAGGUUGAUGAUCCAUAUAUGUUGGAUAAAGAAGUGAUCUUAUGUACAUUGAAUAUAAGAGCAAUGCAAUUUUCUCCUUUUCAUCGUCAUAAAACAUUAGCACAUAAUAUUCUUAAACGUCGAAGCGGUUCUGAGAUUCCAUUGAUCACAGAAUUAAUGACAGACAAUAACAUACACUAUUUAGAUCCAGAUCAUUCAGGUGGAUUACAAAUUGCGGCUUCAUUAACUGCACCAUUUGCCAAAGGCAUUGCAUUCACUAGUUCUGUUCUUGAUGUAUUAGCAAGUACAGCAUAUUUUGAUCGUAAUUCAAUGACACUAAUACGCCAUCUUGUGACUGGUGGUGUUACACCAGCUUUGGAACAGUGGUUAGCUGAGGGCGGCGGUUUAAUUGGUCAUGAUGACCGGUAUUUCAAAGGAAAAGCCUUAUUCACUAAGAAUAUUCAAACCACUAGGAAAGAUAGGCGCCCAUUUCCCGGUCUCCUUGAAACAAGACAAAGACCACGAAUUGAACAAAUCUCUUUAACUAAUUCUCGUUUAAUCAAAACUGAUAACAAUGGUCAAAUAACUUUAUUUCGUAAUUAUGGCGAUUUAUUUUGUCAUGCUAUUCAACAAUAUGGAAUUCUAUGUCUUGGUAUUUAUCGUCUAUCAUUCAACAAAUUUAAUGGAUUAUCUCGUUUAGUUACAGUUCCAUGUAGCAUUAAACCAAAACUUAAUUCCACUGAUGAAUCAAUUCAAUUAAUAGAAACUAAGAGUCAUGCAAGUUGUCAAAAUAAUGAUAAACAAUUUGCAAAAUUACACAGACGAUUAAGUACAUGUGGAUUACCUAUAGACAGAGUACUACGUAAGCAUUCUUUACAAUUAAAUAGGAAAUCACUUAGUAUUGAGGAUACCCUACAACAACAACAGCAGCAGCAUGAUAAUCCAACAUCUAAUCAGAAUACUAACUUGGAAUUAAUUGACCAACAUUUUAAUAAAUUCGGAUUAAAUCGUUAUGUAAUAUCAAAUCCACCGAAUCAUUUUGAACUUUAUCCAACUGAUGUAAUAUUUUGCUUAUGUCCAUUUGAAAGUGAACUGAUGUAUUAAGCAGAUGAAUAUGAUGCUAGCUAAUAUGAUCAAUUUACUACUUGAUCAUUUUCAGAUUUUUUCCUUUACUAUUCGUUGUCUACUCAUUUUCCCUCACACCCUGUCUCUCGCUAUUUCUGUAUAUGUCUGUGUAUGUGCUAUUUCAUCAGAUUUUGUUUUAUUUAUUGCCUGACUUUUACUCUCGAAAUGUGUUUCCAGAAUUAUUAUCUCAUUUAUAAAUAUGUUACACAAACCUAAUUCAGUCACCUAAUCACUUAUUGAUUAGUUGAUCGAUCGACUCACUUGCUUUUAUGAUAACAGAUGGAAAUAAAACUGGAACAAUAUGCACCAACUUCUUCUUCUUCUUCCUCCUCCUCUUAAUUCGACUAAUUUAUGCACAUGUACAUGCUGUACCCAAAUGAUUAGUGAUAGAUUAUUGAUGAGUGAGCUUUCAAAGUGUUUCCCUUCAAUUUCCAAAAUAUCAAUGCAUGCUUUCCUAUCUCUUAAGUGAACAGUAUUGAAGACUGUUUGCACUAAAAACUUUAUCAAUAAACAACUUCAAUGAUUCU